UCGUCUAAACUUGUUAAACUACAAAGAACUUUUUGUAUUACCAGAUUCAUCAUCCUACGGGGCCAGAUUUCGCUGUGAGGAAGCUAUGAAGUGUACAAUACCUGAGAUAUCUUGGCAUAACAGAGAACCGGUGUUAAGUGUCGACAUAAAUCCUGUUUCAAGUGAGAUUUAUAGGUUAGCAACAAGUGGAGGAGACAGUCAUGUAUUGAUAUGGCACGCUAGCUUAAGUGAAAAUGGAGCGGUUAAGCAAGAACUUGUCUCCGACUUAACGAGACAUCAGAGGGCAGUUAAUGUGGUGCGAUGGUCACCUUCGGGUCAAUACCUUGCCUCGGCUGAUGAUGACGCUAACAUAAUUAUUUGGCAACGAAAAACAGACAGCAUACCGCUCCUGGAAGGUGAUACUGGCGACAAGGAAAUUUGGAUUGUUUACAAAAUAUUAAGAGGCCACAAAGAAGAUAUAUAUGACUUAUGUUGGUCUGUCGAUGGCUUAAAACUACUAUCGGGAUCUAUAGACAAUACAGCGAUAUUGUGGGAUAUAACGAAAGGGAAAUUGGAUCAUAUACUUUCCGAUCACAAAGGAUUCGUUCAGGGUGUAGCUUGGGAUCCAAAAGAUCAAUUAAUCGCUACCAUCUGCACCGAUAGGAUUUGUCGAGUUAUUAACACGAACGGCAAACAAAUAAAGGCAAGGAUACACAAAGGUCGCUUGCCUGUGCCUUCCGAUCAUUAUUUAUUCAAUAAAGACGUGAAAUAUUUCCAUGAUGACACCUUCAAAUCGUUUUUUCGAAGACUGCAGUUCUCACCGGACGGAUCGUUGCUUGUGGUCCCCUCCGGACACAUAGAAUCGGAAGAUUGUAAGAAACCACUUAACGCAACAUUGAUUUUCACUUUAGACAAUUUAAACGAGCCCCGAGCCGUCCUCCCGUUGAAAAAACAAUGCAGUACGACGGUACGAUUCUGCCCCGUCCUGUUCGAGCUGUACGGAGACGGCCCUAAACCGAUAGUGGACCUUCCCUACCGCAUGAUAUUUGCCGUUGGCACCGACCACGAUGUCAUCCUCUACGACACCCAACAGACCGUCCCCUUCGCUAGGUUCCAAGAGAUCCACUACACCCGCCUCACGGAUUUGACUUGGUCGGGCGACGGAAGACUACUCGUCGCCUCCUCGACAGACGGAUUCUGCGCUCUCAUCACCUUCGAAGUGGACGAGCUCGGCGUGCCGUACGUCAAAGAGGACAGCGAAGCGGAAGAGAACCCCAUGGACGUCAGCGGGUGUGAGGAGCUGGAGAAAGAAGAGGUGGUCGGUACCGUCGAGAAGCCUAAGGAGAAGAAACGGCCGAGUUUCAUCGAACAAUGGGCGAUUAAAACUCCGAAACGAAUUAAACUCGGUGACGAAAACAAAAAAGCUGCCGUAACGGAAGGCAAAGAUGUGAUUGAACUCGUCGAGAACGAAGAGGACGUGAGGGAGUUGCCGAACGAGAUAAGGGAGGAGAUUAACAAAUUGAUACCUAGGCGGGCGAUUGCAAAGGUUGAAAAUAGUACAGGGAAGGACGAUGUAUCAGUCGCCAAACCGAUCGCUGUCAGACGGAAACCUAGAAUGGAAGAAGGCGGGAAAGAUGUGGCCAAACCCAUAGAGGUACGGAGAAAACCGAGGGACCCGAACGAUUUGAAAGAAAAUCGUCCCGUAAACAAUUAUAAGAUGGAAACUUCAACAGAACCAACUCACUUAGAAGUUAAGGGAAAUUGUGGGGUAGACAAACCCUCAAAAAAAGGAGUUAACGGAGAACACGAAGAAGUAAUAGAAAUUGAUGACGAUGACGAUUUAGAAAAUCGGCACAACAAAGCAACAAAAUCGCAGAAAACAGACACAAAAUUCACAGAAACUUCCAAAAUUAAAGUAUCGUCGUUGAUAAAAAAGAAAAUUACGCCGCCGAAAAACAAUUCCUUGCUGAAAUUUCUGAAGAGUACGGCACCGAAAGGUAAGAAACCCGCCACAAAGGCAGUUCCGAGUUGCGUCGAUGUAACUUUAGCCGAGGACGAGGCGAGGGAUGCCUGGAAGUGCGAGAAAGAACCGAAAACGGUUAACAACGAGAGCGCCACCAGCUCGAAAAGUGAGCCGAUGGAGGAAGACUGCACGGAAGACUUCUGCUUGCAAUUGGAAGACACGCGGGAAUCGGAAACAAAAAGCAAGAAGGACCCGGCGGAAGAACGCAAAAAAUCUCGAAACGGAGGAAGCAACGUUGAAGAUAACUCACCGAUAGUGAUCUCGGAUAAUAGCAACGAUUCGACAGACAAAGCUCCGAGUAAAGCGACGGAUGCGAAAAACGUAGAGCAGAAAGUACCCAGACGGGUCGCAUUGAUCACCUUGGAGAGCCCCAAAGGGAAGAAGAAGCAGAAGGUUUGAAUAGGCUCAUUUUCAUUGUUGCUGUGUAAAUUUUAUUUAUAAAACGACUGGUUAUAUAUCCAUUUACAAAUAUUUAUAGCGUUAUUUUUUUACGAUUCGUAUCUCGCUUAUAGU